AUGUCUGAAUUCUGCGAAUACUCACUUGCCAAUUCAUUAUCACCUCAGUCAUUCAUUAAAUACAGCAAAUGGCAUGAUAAUGCUUGCGAUGAGACUUUCGAGUACUAUCGGGAAGUCUCAAACCAACCUAAAACACUUCGAAUCAUUCGUUUUGACUAUGACAACUACUACAUUAGCCAUAUUGAUCUUUAUACUAUUGUUGAAGCAAGUUUAAUAGUCGAUAACCAAAUUGAAACCUAUCCCAGGAACGCCUCUGGCAGACAUGACUUUGCACUCUAUGCAAAAUCCAAAUUUGGACAAAUUUUAACUCCAAGAUCUUUGAAUGCGUUCGACUUAUGGAUGGAACACAGAAGUGAAGAAUUUAGAAAUUGCUAUAACUGCUUUGAAGUUCAGCUUUCGUUCUAUGGCGAGGCAUUGAAGUUUGUUCAUUUCAAGCAUGUUUCACAGGAACACAUCUACUUAGAUUGUGAACAUGAUCAAGAAAGAUGGUUCUAUAAUACUCAAGAACAGUUUUAUCUCCGAAGAAAGAAAAAUGCAGAUAAGGAGAAAGAGUUUUUGCACCGCUUGGUUCAGAGGUUCAUAAGUAGUUUAUAG